CGAUCUUCCUCCCAAGGCAACCCAAAUAACACGCUGUGCCAUCGUGCCCUCCGUUUCGAAUCAAGGGCAACAUCAAAACACGUCCCUGUCGCCACGGACGAGUCUUUAAUCGUUUAUCUGUUCGACGCCCUUAAUCAACACCACACUUCGUCCUCAACACCACUCCUCGUCCGGAACACCUUCCCGUCUCGGAUCUACGCCUUUCGGUCACGUCAGAGAAACCAUCGAGAAAGAAUAAAAUCAUUCUCUCCAGUUCUUAGACUACAGAUCAACCUCUAUCAGUUCCCCCGCUGAAAGGACGGUGCUAACUAGGACGCUCCACUCUAUGGACCCGCCAUCCGUCCCAAAUGCUCAUCCAAGGCGAAGCCAACAUCAUAACGCCAUACCAACACCCGCCGUCUCGCGGACAUCUACCUUGGAUAGACACUACCCGACGAUGAUGGCCGUGGAAUCGAGAAGGAAGAAAAUGCCUCCCUACACCACAGUAGGGCAGUUUUCGUACGCUCCGACAACCCAGACUACUGUCGUCACGACCACGACCACGACAACUACCACCUUUCCCCCGUUGGUGAUGAAGCCCCCAAGGCAGUUGAACGAGCUGGACCCGAAGGAAUACCCUCUGGCCUCGGUGCCAACUCCCGCUUCUUUGAAACGGUUCUGCUUCGAUGUCAACGGAAAGCCGACGUACUUUCGAGAGGAUGAUAACGCGGAGGAUUCUAUACGCCAGCUCGAUCAACUGGUUCAGGACCUGCAUCAGAACAACGGCGUCAUACGGAAAGAAAUCCGCGAGAGCGAACAGUUCGUGCUUCCGGAUAAUCUACUGACCAGCCCCCCGGCGUCUGCCACCAUGCCAUCAAGUCAGCACGGCUUGAGUAGGAAACGGCCGGCCUCCCCCGUGCCAAUAUUAUCGGAGGCUGCUGAACGCGUGGCGUCGUUGCAACAUAGGAGCCAGAAGCGCCGGCAGACAAUGCGGUCACGUACUGGGGCUCCCGGUAAACCCAAUACACCAUCUCCCAAGAAAGUUACACGGUCGAGUCGGAAUACCACACCACACACCAGCCAAGAAAAUGAUACCCAGGUCACUGCUAUUCCCACUCAUGCCCCUCGGCCGGUACGACCGCUGCUGCACCAACAGAUUGCCCAGAUCCAGAAUUCGACACCCCUGAUGUCACCACAGCCCCGUACACCUAGUCAAGCCCAGCAACAGGAAACGCCGCUUAAUGGUUCACCGCAACUCGGGCCUGAAGUUGACGAUGAUGAGUCGAACAUACGUGGUACGCCGACACUACAAGAAGAGAUGGAUUCGGAUGAUACCGUACAUGGGGGUUCGCCAGCCACUACGGUGGCCGGGAUCGAGGGGUUAACUGGAGAGUUGCCGCUCAGUCUGCCGAGUCCAAGUUUGAGUCCUGUGACUGCGGCUCUUCAUCAUGGAAACCACGGAUACUUCGCGUCCAUGGAAACGGAAGAUAUCGCAUCGCCACUUGAUCUUCAAGGAGCUGAAGAAGAGGAUAUGCUUGACAUCAGUGAUAUGCCCGUCAUCCCCACGCCUGCGAGAGAGCUCUCGCAACUGGACCUUUCGGUGGGUGGAAGAAACCCAUCUGGGGGAUUGAUGGAUAUUCCAAACAUGCUGGACUCGUUCGAUGCUAUGCCGUCCGCCGUCAAAUCCUAUGUCAUGUACCAACUGCUUCGCCGGUGUUCCAAACAUACCCUUCAGACAGUUGCUGGAGUGGUCAACCCUGCUUUGAUGUGUGAUUUCCUGACCCUUCUUCCGUCGGAACUGGCCCUAGACAUAAUCAAAUAUCUCGACCUCAAGAGUUUGUGCAAUGCUGCCCAGGUAUCAAAACGAUGGAGAUUGAUAGUCGAUUCGGAUGAGUGGACAUGGAAGAAGCUCUUUGAGCAGGACGGAUUCCAGCUUCAGGAAGGGGAAUUGGAUCGGGCUGUUCGUGAAGGCUGGGGCUAUCAGGAUCCGAGGGGUGAUGAUGAUUGCGAAAUGGAUAUCAAUAGCAACCUCGGACAUUCUCGGUCAAGUGGUUCGUCAUCAUUCGGCAUGAGCAGCAAGUUCAAGAGAAAGGUCACUCGGGCAGUUUCUCGACAGCAGAAGAAGAAACGUGAUGCUGUUGAGACUCUUGGGAAGGAAGAGUUUAAUGAAGUCAUUUCGGAAAUCAUCUCCAACUCUGCCGGCCCGAUCACUGCUGCCGAUGCUGCCGAGAAGGCUUACAAUAAGGCUGCAGUUGGGCUUCCCUCGUUGAGGAACCUACACCUGUUCAAGUCUAUCUAUCGGAGGCAUCAUAUCAUUCGAAAGAGCUGGAUCCGGCCUGACGUCAAGCCGAAACAUAUCUCUUUCCGAGGCCAUCAACGGCAUGUUGUCACAUGUCUGCAGUUCGAUACCGAUAAGAUUUUGACUGGAUCGGAUGACACCAAUAUCAAUGUUUACGACACGAACACUGGUGUGUUGAGAAAUACUUUGGAAGGCCACGAGGGAGGAGUGUGGGCUCUCCAGUAUGAAGGGAACACAUUGGUGUCAGGUUCGACGGAUAGGACCGUUCGGGUGUGGGAUAUCGCUGGUGGACGAUGCACUCAGAUCUUCCAUGGGCAUACUUCCACGGUGCGGUGUCUGCAGAUUCUCAUGCCUACGAAGGUUGGAAUCAAGCCUGACGGGAGGGACCUCAGGAUGCCUAAGGUGCCUCUGAUCAUCACCGGGUCUCGCGAUUCCACCCUGCGGGUUUGGAAGCUUCCGAUGCCCGGGGAUCAGACCUACCUUUCCGGCCAAGAUAAUGACACGUUCAUGAACCCCAGCAACAACCCGUACUUUGUCCGCACAUUGCAGGGACACCAACACUCCGUCCGUGCUAUAUCCGCAUACGGAGAUACGCUGGUCAGUGGAAGCUACGACCACACAGUUAAGGUGUGGAAGGUUUCUACCGGUGAGACGUUACACACUCUGCGGGGCCACUCCCAGAAAGUUUACAGCGUCGUUCUGGACCAUAAGAGGAAUCGAUGCAUCAGCGGGAGCAUGGACAACAUGGUCAAGGUCUGGUCGCUCGAUACUGGCUCGGUUAUCUACACCCUCGAGGGGCACAGUCAGCUUGUCGGGCUGCUCGAUCUGAGUCACGAUAAGCUUGUCUCGGCAGCAGCAGACUCGACGCUUCGCAUCUGGGACCCCGAAACAGGUCAAUGCAAGCACACGUUGACCGCCCACACCGGGGCAAUAACAUGCUUCCAGCACGAUGAAACAAAGGUCAUCUCGGGUUCAGAUAAGACGCUCAAGAUGUGGAAUAUCAAGACUGGAGAGUUCAUCAGGGACCUGUUGACGGACCUGACAGGCGUUUGGCAAGUUAAGUUCAACGAGAGACGAUGCGUUGCUGCUGUACAGAGAGACCAGGUUACUUAUAUUGAGGUUCUGGAUUUUGGCGCUGCGAGAGACGGCGUACCCGAAGAUCAACGGGGACGAAGAAUCGUGGUGGAUCUCCAUGGCAAAGAGAUUCCGGAGGGCAGUGAUCCUAUGGAUGAAGCCGAUGACGAUGGCUUUUAAUCCUGCGCGAGUUCGCCGUCAUCGGUGACGGUGAUGGCUUACUGGGAUGGCUACCACCAGCCCAACACGACGUUAUUAUUCCCGUUUUAACGACACCCGUUUAUCCCUUUCAUUGUUCCUCCUAUUCGUUUAUAUUACCCAUGGCGUUGGUUGCGUUGCGUUUCUUUGCAUUCACUUCUUUUUUUCCUUUUUGAUUUUACAGUGUCCCGGUUUUGGUGCCCCAAUUGCUUUAUCUUCUUCACAUCUAUAUACCGGACGAAGCACUUUGGAAAUGGUACUGGUGUGUUUU